AUGACACUGCUGGUGACUUGUGUGAAGACCCCAGAUGAGUGGGAGAAGGCCCGUGCCAUCCGUAUGCAAGUUUUCAUCCACGAAGACACCUUUGAUGAGGAGGGCGAAUUCGAUGCUGAUGACGUGCAUCCGUCUGCUCUGCACUUCAUCGGUACAGAUGUGGAGCAGAACAAAGUGGUGGCCGCCGCGCGU